AUGCCAACAAGUGAAGACGUCGACUCUCGAUUCCCCACUCCUCCCAGUCCCCCAACUCCUGGCCCUAACUCAAAAAGCAGCAUGGCGAAGACUGGACAAGAGCAACUCUUUGAUUCGGUUCCAACAACUCAAGGGAUUUCUAGUUUUUAUGAUUCUGCCGCCACAAACACUUCGCCUAUUUUAAAACCAACUGACGGUGAAAGUGGUUUGGGUACCUCGUGUGAUUCCAUGUAUGGUGGCGAAAGUAGAGCCUCGGCAGAUUCUUCGAUGUCUGGUCCCGCUCGGGCUGGAUCCAAUCGACGUCGCCGUCCCCACGCGACGUCGAGUAGCAGACCUCCCGGAAUUCAACCUUCCCACUCCCCAACCACUCAAAACUACGGUUUGCCACCCCCGUUUGGCCCUCAUGAAAACACCCAACCUCCUACGAGUUUUUUGGGACCCCCUCUCCAUUAUCAUCAACCCUCCGGAGUGCCUUUCAAUCAAGGGAGUGGUUUUGUUGGACAAUAUCCGAUGUCGCCACACCCACCUCCCGUGACGAUGGGCCAUCCACAGCCGUCCUUCACAUACCCACACGCAUUUCACCAUCCAACAGUGCCAGACAACAACAUGGCGGCGUCGACAAAUAUACUUGGUAGCCACCAGAACGUGCUACACCAUCCUCCUCCUGUUUAUCCGUAUUCGAAUGUUCUAGAUGGUUCUUCCCAACACGCCUCGUUCACAGGAGCCGCAAAUUCCCCAGUUUACUCGCCGCACCAGGGUCAUGCCUUAAAUUCUCCCUUGUCACCAUCCGCUGCUGGUCCAGGCAGUCCACUGUCGCCUUACAUCGGCACGACUCCAUUCCGAUACUCUGCUCCACACUUUACAUACUCCCAAUCGUUUCCUACGGCAACCAACGCGUACCGGGGUUCUUAUGGGCCAGCGGCGUAUGGCCAACACCAGCACUUUCCCCCUUCAUCACCAGAAGCCGAUCCAACAGGUGCGUGGUGGUAUCCUCCUCAUGCCAUGACGCCCCAGGGCUAUGAAAGCACGCCACCAUCGUAUGGGCCCCGUUACCCUUUCCAAUAUUUCCAGACGGGCCAUCGUGAUUUAGACGGACCGUAUAAUUCUGCGUCUCCGUCGUCUGGAAACCCAUUCCCUAUGUCACCCAAUCGUCCCCCCUCCGAAGAAGCACCAUCCCAUAAUUCCCCUUACAUCGGUCCCUCAUCCGAUCCUGAUUCAGCCGCGAGCGGACAAUCUCAGGUUCCCGAUAAACCUGUCAUCCGUCGUUCCUACCACCCUAAUCCACCCGCCCACCGUUCUGAAUGGGUUAUGUGGGUAGGGAAUGUACCUUCUGAUUCUGUUCAUGACGGAUUGUGGCGCUUCUUCAACCAGCCUCCAGAAGGUUACUCCCCUAACAACGACGCCUGGGCCUCAGGAGUGCUGUCCAUCUUCUUAAUUUCACGCUCCAGCUGCGCUUUUGUCAACUUUGAUAGCGAACAGUCUUUGCACGCUGCAAUUGAACGUUUUAACGGCAAGCAGCUGCGACCACAAGAAGCCCGGUGUCCCAAGCUCGUUUGCAGGGUCCGAAGAAAGGACGACGAUUUGAAGGCAGGCGUUGGCGGGCAACGUGGGGUGGGAUUGCACGUACAGUGGAUAAAAGAUCAGAAGGGUAAGGCUAAAGAAGCGAUGAAAGGUGCCCCUAUGAUAGCCUCUGAUCGUCCCACGCCAACCAUGGGUAACCCAGACCCUCUCUCCCGCCCCUUGGCGUCUGUGUCCUUAUCUAGCGACCACGAGAGUCUGAAGCGCGCUCAUUCCAAACAUUCUAGCAGUUCCGGAUCAUAUGCGUCAACUGACUCUAGCGUCCUCACCCGUUAUUUUCCAAAGCGAUACUUCAUUCUUAAGUCGCUUACUAGGUACGACCUGGACCUUAGCGUGGAAAGCGGGCUAUGGGCAACGCAGAAGCACAAUGAGGGUAUAUUGGAUCAAGCUUUCCGCACAAGCAAAGACGUGUAUCUCAUUUUUGGGGUGAACAAGAGCGGAGAAUUCUACGGCUAUGCAAGGAUGGCUGGUCCUGUCCGUCGCAGCGAAGCUCAUGUUUCUUGGGCAUCACGCAAUGAUUCUGGAAGCCGUUCAUCACGAUCACCCGACGCAGCUCAGGCAACGAUGCAAAUGAUGACACCCACCAGCCCAUUCCGCCAAUCGGCCGCAAAGUCGUUGUCAAACGCCUACUUCCCCCCUUCCUCCGGCAAGUUUGUGGGGAAUUCACCUAUGCCUGUAGAUGGCAGUCCCGCUUUGAACUUGGAAGGAACGGAGGAGCCAGGUGAUGCAACGACUCCAGGUUUACAUCAUAGGCAGCAAGCCCGGUCUGCACCGGCCAUUUUGGGCAAGCCCCAAUCGCCGCUCACUCUUCGCACACCAUAUCAAAAGCAGAGUUUGCCUACCAUGAACGCGUUGACACCGACUCCUGCAGACAGCUUUGAGCUUGAUGCAUCAGCGCCUGUGCGAGCCAUGAGGGGGAAUCACGGCACUACCUCAGAGUCCUCUUCUAAGGUUGUCCCGCCUUUAGAAGUUGUAACGGAAGCUGAAGAGGAGAAGGCUGAAGAUCAAGAGGACGACGGCGGAUUGGAGAGGGCUGAAGACAAGGUUGCAGAAGGAGGUGACGAGCCGGAGGGAGGAGCUGGUGGCCGUGAGGAUGCAUGGGGGGAUUGCUUCAAAAUCGAAUGGCUCUGCACGGAGAAGCUGCCAUUCUACCGUAUUCGACAUCUACGGAACCCUUGGAAUCACGAACGAGAGGUGAAAGUGUCGAGAGAUGGUACUGAGCUGGAGCCCAUUGUUGGGCAACGGUUGUUGGACGAGUGGCAAAACCUUGCUGAACCACCUGCGGUGGGGCCUGGGAAACCAUCUGGCUCCACGAGACGUUCGGCUCCAAAAUCUAGCGCUGGGGGGAGUACAAAACGGUAA